AUGUUAAGAUAUAUACCAUUCAAAAGUCUGACGAGGCUAUCAAUACUAAAUAAAAGACUUUUUGCAACAAAUUACCCAGAAAAAAAUCCAAAACAACCACAACAAAAAGAUAUACCCCCACAUAAAGAUGGAUUAUAUUUUGGUAAAUUUACAAAACAAGAAUAUGAAGAAGCUGCAAAAAUAGUCAAACAACAAAUACAAAAAUUAGAACAAGAUAUAAAAGGAGAUCAUAAUUUACGUGAAAAUAUUGGGAAAAUUGCUCAAUUUCCAGAACAAGGUCCAUCCCCCAAGCAAAUCACAAAUUUAACUGAUUUUUUCAGACAAACUAUAAAAUUAACUGGUGCUAUUCCAUUAAGUGCUUAUAUGAGACAAUGUUUAACUCAUCCUGAUUUUGGUUAUUAUACAACUAGAGAUCCAUUAAAUUUAAAAACAGGGGAUUUUAUAACAAGUCCUGAAAUUUCUUCAAUAUUUGGAGAAAUGAUUGGAGUUUGGUAUUAUAAUUUAUGGCAAUUACAAGAACAACCUACUACUAUAAGAUUUAUUGAAUUUGGUCCAGGUAAGGGAACAUUGAUUUAUGAUGUUAUGAAUACUUUUAAUAAAUUUGUACGUAGUGUUAGUACUGUUAAACCUAAUAUUGAGAUAUUAAUGAUUGAAGCUUCCAAAGUAUUAAGGAUGGAACAGUAUAAGAAAUUAUGUAAUGAGACACAAGCUUUUGAAACAACUGAUGAAGGACAUAACACAUCAGUUACUAAAUGGGGUAAUUCUAUAAAAUGGAUAGAUACAGAGAAAGCAAUCACACAAGAAUCAGACGUAACAAAUUAUAUAAUAGCUCAUGAAUUUUUUGAUGCAUUACCUAUAAAAUCAUUCAUAAAACAAGAAGACGGGUGGAGAGAGUUGGUUGUGGAACAUACACCUAGUGUCAACAAUGAUCAAUUAAAAUUAGAAACUAAACAAGAACAUCAAAAUGAUCCUUCAUUAGAUACUGAAUUCCACUUAAGUAUAUCACCGAAAGAAACUCCUUCUUCAAUGAUACCCAAAAUAAGUGCUAGAUACAAAGAUUUACCCGUAGGUUCAAGAAUUGAAAUAUGUACUGAAGCUGAACUUUUUAUAAUGAAAAUUGCACAAUUAAUAAACAAUAAGACUGGAGCUGCACUUAUAAUAGAUUAUGGAGUAGUUAAUGAAAUACCAGAAAAUUCAUUACGUGGGAUCUACAAACAUAAAUUUGUAUCACCAUUUUAUAAACCAGGAGAAGUUGAUUUAUCAAUCGAUGUUGAUUUCACUAAUCUUAAAAAUUUAACUGAAAAUUUAGUUGAAAUACAAGGUCCCGUUACUCAAGGUGAAUGGUUACAUAAUAUUGGAAUUGGGUAUAGGAUUGAUUCAUUACUUAAACAAAAUUCAGAUAACGAGGAGUUGCAAGAUAAAAUUUAUGGUGCUUAUAAAAGAUUGGUUGAUGAUGAAGAGAUGGGAAAAGUAUAUAAAUUUAUGGCUCUUUUGCCAAAAGGUACAGCUAAAACUAUUGGAUUUUAA